ACAUUGACAUCUUUAUUUGAAGAGAACUAUUCAAACAUUACAUUUGCUUAAAAGCCUUCUCCCGCAAAAGGCCCCAGGUUGGGUCCGGCGAAGGCAGAGCCGAGCCAAGGCUCCAUCUGGUUUUUUGAGUUCUUCAAUUCCCUGGUGUGUCCUUUGCAGCUCCAAGACCUGCUUUGCGAUAGCGGGUGUCUCUUCGUUUGCUCCGCCUAUGUGAUCGUGAUAUCUUAUCACCUAGUGACCUCCGAUCCCGAAACUGCCGCCGACCUGCGCUCGGCCUAUCGGAGCAUCUUGUCACUACCGCCUCACGCACCGUGGGCGCGGAGCGAGUCCUGCUGGGGACGUUUGGAGGACCAUGUGACUGACAUGGCCGUGGACUUUGUCAGCAGCUCGAGGCGUUUGAUUGCUUGGGCCGAAGAUAUGCCACAAGGCUUCAUUGGCUUGUCCUUCGUGAUGACUCAUAUGCACAAGGUACAUCGACCCUUUGGUUUUGCUGCGCUAUCAGCAGGCCUUAGCUUCUUAAAGGGCUUUCUGAUUCCCACAGGGCAAGGCUUCAUGCUGAGCUACAAGCUUGCCAAAGCUCGCCAGGAAACCCGAGACCUCAAGCAGUUCGCGGAGAUCUUUGCCAGGAAUCACAAGCUCGAUCAGAUCCGUGGGGCCGUUAAUGUGCUGCUGGCAAAGGAGACCGAUAAUAAUCAGAAGGAGGAUGAUGCGAUUCAGCUGAUCAAAGAAAACUUUGUGGAGGUGGAGUUGCACUUGCGGGAAAAGCUUCGCAUGCCCAAAAACAAGACCAAGAGCUUGUACCAAGAGGUGGAUAAACUGCUCGAGGAGUAUGGUUCUGGAGCUUCCAUGUAUUCUCAAGGUGCAGUGAACGAACGUUUCCUUCAGGAUUUGCGACAAGAAUUGGCCUCUCUCGACUGAAGAAGUCUCUUCUUUGGAGGAUGAUCUGUGGAGCCGGUGGAAACUCACUUCAGAGAGCCCCUCGAGAAGACCUAUAUGGAACCUAAAGACCAGUGC